AUGAGCAAUCUGAGCAAUUCUCCUCCCAAAUCAGCGAAUCGUCGAUAUGGUGAAUCUGCUCGGCAUUCUGCUUCCCCAUCCAGAAGACAGCAAACCACGCAAAAUGCUCCUUCCACUCCUGGUGCAAGAUUGAAUGCUCGAGGCAAUAAUAGAGCCACUGACGAUCCAGCUAAAGAAGCACUGGCUAUGGCUGCACUGGCACAAGCAGCAAAUGCUUCCAACAAAUCACCGGCAGAAGUGGCUCAACUGGCAAAACAACAAGCGCAAAAUCUUGCCAAGCAACAACAGCAGCAUCUAUAUAAAAAAAACGCUCCACGACCGGAUCCUCGCAAGAUAUAUACAGUUAGUCUGGAAUCUGUCAAGAGUUUAUUGAGAUCUGAAGCCAUUGCGGAAGUAGAAGACUAUGGAAAGGAAGACCAACCAACGUCCAUGAUUCUAUCCAAAUUGGCAGAAGGAAAAAAUGAUGCCUUUUUGAUGCAACUCUUGUUGUUUGAAUACUACCGAUCAGUUGGAGACUUGCCAGAAGAUGCCACCCAAAUUCAUACAGAAGGUGUCUCACAUAUUCCGUCGACGGGGUGCGAAAAAAUGAAAUCGUUUCUCCGCAAAGUAGAAUUGGCUUACGAUUCCUUGGCGGCAAUGGUUCCAGAAGUUGUCGAGGAAGAAACCCCAGGCGAAUUGGACUACAGCUUUGAAACCGAGGCGGAAGCACCAAUUGUUGUUCCAGGUUUAUUGCCACCGUGCAUCUCAAACCCCGGUGAUCCUACCUUGAUGUUUUUCAAAGCCUGCAUGGGAGAGGGAGGAGAAAUUUUGCCUCCAACAAAUGACUUGCCAGAAGAAGAUUUGACAACGGAGGCUACUGAUUUGGAUUCGACCUCGCAAGAACCAUUUGAUGAGCACGAUAAUAAACAUGCUCCCUCCGUCUUUUCCAUGUUUCGAAGGGGGUCCUCCUUGCGCCAUACGAAAUUAGGUUCUGUAUUUGGUGGCCGAAACAGAAAGAGGGGGAAUAGCCAGGAUGAAAUAGAGGUGGAGGAUGAGACUACCACAACUUGUGGACCAGGUGAAUACGGUGUCAAAAUUGAACGAGAGAUGCUGGGUUUGACGGUAGAAAAUGUCCUAGAAAGAACUGUGGUUCGUACUGUUCUGGCGGGUGGUCCAGCCAAAAAGGCUGGGGCCAAAGUUGGUUCUCUCAUUGUCAAGGUUGGAAACAUUGAAACCAAGAAUCUAACGCACUUUGAAACGAUAGAUGAAUUGCGGCAAAGUCAGCGGCCUCUGCAAUUGGUGUUGCGACAAAUAUCAGACGACUCGUUGCGGAGUGCACGUGAAGAAAUGGGCCGACUGAUUCGAGGAUCUGGGUUUGGCAAAAUUAUUGACGGUGGCGACCACAAUAACAAUGCUGCUGUACAACAACAAGCUACAGAACAGAUGAGUACAAAACCUCAAGCCGCCUUGCAAGACAAGAAUAUUGCAAUUUAUACAUCUAUGGUUCGCAAAAGAUGGAUUGAAGCCGUCAACCAGAUGACUCCACGAAGUAGAAAGGAUGAACCAAUAUUACGAGUCGGCGAAAAGCUGAUUUGGACCUUGACCCUUUUUGUGGUUGGUCUAGAACGGGAAUCGUCGCGUCUAAUGGCAAUGGCAAAAGGCAAGGAGGAAACUUCUCCAAGACGGGGAAAGUCGCAUUCAUUAUACCAUCACACAUCGAAGGACUAUGCGGAAGCUGCUAACAGUGUGUCGAGAGUUUUAUACGAUUUUGCCAAGAAACGAAUGGACACUAUACAAAAGAAUAAGCAACAGGCGGGCGGACAAGCUGCUGGUGCAGGAUCGCCAGCUCCAGGCCGUCAAGGUGGAAGAGGCAUGGGUAGAGGUGGUGGACGAGGAGGCCGUGGAGGCAGAGGAAGGGGAGAUGCUGGAAAGGUAGAGACUGUUGGAGACCAAUUGCUACUUCAGAUCGGUGAUUUGUUACAGCGUACCAGAACAUUCUUGGCCGAUCCUACAUCACCGCCUGCGGCUCUUUUGCGUGGAGAAUUGAUAGCCGUUUUGUGUGAUAUCCUUGACGCUGAUGUCGAGAUGAAAUUGGCAGAGGAGGAAAGUGUGUCAUCAACGCAAGGAGGUGCAAAUACGGGACCAAUCGCAGACCUUGGCGCAGCUGGAAGUUUGCUGAAGUUGAUCAUUUUGAACUGUCCAAUCAUGAGAAGUCCUGGAUGCAAACAAAUAUCUGCAGAACUGAUGCAGAUUGACGAGAUUGAGAUGAAGCGGCGGUUUGGAGAAGUCAAAGAUAUAACAGCUGACGAUUAUCACAGACUCCAUGCUGGAAAUAGAUUUCUUGCAGUCGUUCAUCGAUUGGCGGCAAGUAGGAGUACAAGUGCUCGAAUCACAGCCUGUUCGCUUGGUCCCGUACUUUGGAGUCAUUUGGACUUUCCGCAUCAGUUGCAAUUACGCGGAGUGAUUACACGAGCGCUUCAUGAUGUUGAGGUAAUUGUCAGAAAAUCAACGGCUACUGUCUUGCAUGAAAUUGCAGAACUAGUGUUUGAUCCACGCUGCGUCCCGUGGUUGGUGUUGAUGUGCGAAAGGGCGAUGACCGAUCCAGAACCAAUCCUACGUUCAGCUGCAAUGACACUUACGUGGCAUUUAGCAGAGCACUUGCCCAAUGCCUUCCUCGGUGACGCGAGUAAAGGAAGUCGAUAUCUCCAGCGGUUACCAAGCCGUGACGAUCCGAUUUUCGCUGACGUCUAUCUGUUGCAGUGCAAACUCCUUCCAGUGGCAACUCGCCUUGCCGAAGAUCGAGCCCCGCAAGUGAGACUUGCAGUGGCUGCUCAAUGUGAUAGGCUUUGCGAUGCGCUCGGUGAUCAUUGGUCAAGUGUCAUAAUUGAUGUUCUUGUUGCGUUGUUGACUGAUUCGGACGAACGUGUUCGAAGUGAAGCGGUUCUUUGUGUGCCUCGACUAGCGGAUAUCGUGCUCAUGUCAUCUCCACCAGGUGUCAUUCCAGCAGGAGAAUCGAGUGUACUCGAUGCUUUGCUUCCCGCGGCAAUAAAGCUUCAGAAGGAUGCCAGUUCUGCAGUUCGAGUGGCCCUUGCGACAGCUGCUGGUGAAAUGCUGACCCUUCUCGUUGGACUGCAACAAAACAAACCCAUCGAUGACACGCAGGAGGAAGCUUCGAUGGGUUAUCCCGUUAGUGUUCGCUAUCAAAAGCGCCACAUAGAUGAGCGACUCGUACCUUUGGUGCAAGCCCUGUUGCACGAUUCAGACCCCGAAGUUACCAGUUCAGCGCUGCGUGCAGUGACCAAUGCAUCUCGAGGACCAGCAAGCGGACUCCGUCCUCGGCGAAAUACAGAUAAAGAUGAUGAUUCAGUUUCGGUGGCUUCGGAAACAUCGAUACAACGCAAAGAUCCAGUGUUUGUUCCUGUGCUAUCAGAGGAGCAAGUUCUGCGGCUUCUGCCCACCCUUUCCGAGUUGGCAAAUAGCAAGCAGUGGAGAGUACGACAGAGUGCCGUAGAAAUCGUUCCUGCCCUUCUUGGUUGCACAACAAAAUUCGAAACUCGGGCCGAAAUAUCGAGAAUGUGUGUUCGGUUAACAACAGAUAAGGUGGACGCUGUGCGCAGGACUGCUGCAGAAUGUCUCUGUUUGGGAGGUGGUAGUCUUGGAAGCCACGGCGAAGAAGUCAGUGGUGAAUGGAUUACCGCUCUGGUAAUCCCACAGAUUCAUACAUGUGUCAAGAACUCCGAUUAUCGACAACGGCUACUUGGUCUAAAGAUGGUCGAAGUCAUACUGCUAAAUGGGGUGUGUCCAACGAAAUGGAGGGACGAAGAUGCAAAUGAUCACGGGAAGAAUACUCCUUUGCGCGAGCUUCUGAAAGUCACGUUAUCUCUUGCCGAUGAUCGCAUCGCAAAUGUUCGAUUGAAUGUGAGUAAGGUACUUUGCCAUGUAAUUCAUGUAUUUGGAGACGAAGAAUGCCGAGUCGUGAAGUAUGCAAUUCUUCAACAAAUGAAAAAAGAAAGAAGUAGCAGCGACAAACAAGACAGAGAUGUCAUUUACUUUGGCAACAAGUGCCUCGAAAAGUGCAAGCAAAAGAGUUCUGAACAGACGGCAUCCGACGAGGAGACAAGAGUAGUUGUUUAA